AUUCAUAUGACAGUCCUCACCCCCCAGACGGCAUAAACACAGAACGGUGACACCCAGCGCCCCGCCAUGGAACAGAAAGCCAAUAGCAAGUUAUUCAUCUCCACCAGCCUGGAUGCCAAGGAUGAGCUGGAAGAGCGUCUGGAUCGCUGCAUGGCUCUGGUGACCUCCAUGACGAAUGGCGUGUCUGAGAGAGAGGCCAAUGACGCGCUGAACGCAUACGUUUGCAAAGGACCCACCCAGCACGAGGAAGUGUGCCUGGGACUGUACGCGAUGGUGCUGUCUGACCCGGCACAGGCCCAGAAGAGUUACCGUGACCUGGCUCUGGUCAGCAGAGAUGGGAUGAACAUCGUGCUGAACAAAAUCAACCAGAUCUUGAUGGAAAAGUACCUGAAGCUUCAAGACACGUGCCGGACGCAGCUGAUCUGGUUGGUGCGGGAACUGGUGAAGAGCAGCGUGCUGGGAGCCGACGGCGUUUGUAUGACCUUCAUGAAGCAGAUCGCAGGGGGCGACAUAUCCUCCAAGAAUAUCUGGCUGUCUGAAGGUGUGCUGGACAUCCUGAUGGAGCAGAAGGAGUGGGUCAUGAAAAGCAGCAUCCUGAUCGCCAUGUCGGUGUACACCUACCUGCGACUGAUUGUCGACCACCACGGGACCCCGCAGCUCCUGACUCUGCGACAAAAGGAGGUGGACUUUUGUAUCAUGCUACUACGCGAUCGGUUCAUGGACUGCUUCAUGAUUGGUCGGGACCUGGUCCGCCUUCUGCAGAACGUGGCUCGGAUCCCAGAAUUUGACCUGCUGUGGAAGGAUAUGGUGCACAACCCGCAGGCUCUGAACCCCCAGUUCACAGGAAUCCUUCAGCUGUUACAGUCUCGCACUUCUCGCAAGUUCUUGGCCUGCCGCCUGACCCCGGACAUGGAGACGAAGCUGCUGUUCAUGACGUCCCGGGUGCGGUUUGGUCAGCAGAAGCGAUACCAGGACUGGUUUCAGAGGCAGUACCUCUCCACCCCGGACAGCCAGUCCCUGCGCUGUGAUCUGAUCCGCUACAUAUGCGGCGUGGUGCACCCGUCUAACGAGGUGCUGAGCUCGGACAUCCUGCCUCGCUGGGCCAUCAUUGGCUGGCUUCUAACCACCUGUACGUCCAACGUGGCCGCCUCCAACGCCAAGCUGGCUCUGUUUUAUGAUUGGCUCUUCUUCAGCCCGGAAAAGGACAGCAUCAUGAAUAUCGAGCCCGCGAUCCUGGUAAUGCACCAUUCAAUGAAGCCGCAUCCCGCCAUCACUGCAACCUUGCUGGACUUCAUGUGCCGGAUAAUCCCAAAUUUUUAUCCUGCUCUGGAAGGGAAUGUCAGGCAAGGCGUGUUCAGCUCCCUUACCCACAUCAUGGAGAAGAGAGUCCUGGCUCAUUUGGCUCCAUUAUUCCACAACCCGAAACUGGAUAAAGAGCUUCGAUCAAUGCUUAGAGAGAAAUUCCCCGAGUUCUGCAACCUGCCAUCUCCAGCCUCAGAAAGUAAGGGGCUGCCCGUGAUAAAGGUAGAGGAGCCUGCAUCCAUGGAGAUGGACAACAGCAUGGCUGAUAAAGAAGAGAGCUGCUACGACAACGCAGAGGCAGCGUUCAGUGAUGAUGACGAGGAACUGAGCAGCAAAACCACUGACAAUGGAAAGAAAAGGGACUUCCGAUUUCACCCCAUCAAGGAGACGAUCGUUGAGGAGCCGGCAGACAUCACGCCUUACUUGGAACAGCUGGAAGAGCCGCUGAGAGAGAAAGUUGUUUCCUUGCAGAAAGUAAGCGAUAUGGAGUUGCAGUGUGAGCUGAUGCAAGAUAUAGUGGAGCAGAUCCUAGAGGAUGAAUUCGAUUCGGAGCAGUUAUCCGUUCUGGCUUCCUGUCUCCACGAGUUGUUCAAGCACCAUUUCCGCGGAGAGGUCCUGCCAGAGGAGAUUACAGAUGAGUCUCUGGAGGAGUCUGUUGGGAAACCUCUCUACCUAAUAUUUAGAAACCUCAUCCAGAUGCAGGAAGAUAGCAAUGGCUUCUCCCUCCUUCUAGACCUGCUGUCCGAACUCUACCAGAAACAGCCCAAGAUUGGCUAUCACCUCCUCUACUACCUGAAGGCCAGCAAGGCCGCGGCCGGGAAGAUGAACUUGUACGAGUCGUUCGCUCAGGCCACGCAGCUCGGCGACCUGCACACCUGCCUCAUGAUGGACAUGAAAGCCUGCCAGGAGGAUGACGUGCGUCUGCUGUGUUACCUGACCCCUUCCAUAUACAGCGAGUUUCCAGAUGAAACGCUGCGGAGCGGAGAGCUCCUUAACAUGAUCGUGGCCGUCAUUGACUCUGCCCAGUUGCAGGAGCUCGUGUGUCACGUCAUGAUGGGGAACCUGGUGAUGUUUCGGAAGGACUCCGUGCUCAACAUCCUUAUUCAGAGUUUGGAAUGGGAGACCUUCGAGCAGUACUGUACCUGGCAGCUCUUCCUGGCCCACAAUGUCCCAUUGGAGACCAUCAUCCCUAUCCUUCAACAUCUCAAGUACAAAGAGCACCCCGAAGCUCUGUCCUGUCUCCUCCUACAGCUCCGCAGGGAAAAGCCGACCGAGGAGAUGGUGAAAAUGGUUCUCAGCCGCCCGUGUCACCCCGACGACCAGUUCACCACGAGCAUCCUGCGCCACUGGUGCUUGAAACACGACGACCCUUUGGCGGAACACAUCAAGUCGUUGCUUAUCAAGAACAACAGUCUUCCUCGGAAACGGCAGAGCCUGCGGAGUUCGAGCAGUAAGUUGGCACAGCUGACGUUGGAGCAGAUCCUGGAGCAUCUGGAUAACCUGAGACUGAACCUAUCCAAUACCAAACAGAACUUUUUCAGCCAGACGCCGAUCCUGCAAGCUCUCCAACACGUACAGGCCAGCUGCGACGAGGCGCAUAAGAUGAAGUUCAGCGACCUUUUCUCAUUGGCGGAGGAGUAUGAGGACUCGACAAAGACGCCAAAGAGCCGGCGGAAAGGUCCCAUGACCAGCCCGCGCAGCAGGAAGACCACAGCACAGCCAACCAACAUGGAGGAGGAGUCUUCGUCCAGCAGCGCCUCGGAAGAGGAAGACACAAAGCCAAAGCCCAGCAAGCGGAAGAGGAAGGGCUCUGCGGCGGUGGGAUCGGACAGCGAUUGAUGGCCCCACCCCCGUCUGCACUAGUAAAGGCCGACAGCCGCUGACACUACCUGCAGUCAGCUGAUGAACUGUUCUCAGCUGCGAUUGGCCGGUCAAUGUUUCCCGGACUCCUCGAUGAUAUUGGUUACCUGUCAGCCAUUUUUCCACUUCCCCCCGCGUUGGCGUAGACAGGGACGCCUCUUUUGUGCACCAGAGGCCGGCCAUUUAUAGCGACAGAAAUCUCUUAUUUUCUUACUGGACUGUAUAUAAACCGCAUGCGGCGCCUCUCCGCCUCCUCCGUGUAUAUUUUUUUUUCUUCUUUUUUUUUUUUUUUUUUUAAAAGAAAGCGAAAAUAUUUUAAAACACA